GCUCGUGACAGGAGGCGGAUCCGGCAUCUGCUUCGGCAUCUCCACGCAGUUCGGGAAGCACGGCGCCGCCGUCGCCAUCAUGGGCCGCCGCGUACAAGUCCUUGUCGACGCCGUUGAGGCCCUCAAGUCGCAGGGCAUUCGACUUCGAGGGGUCUGCAAUCAACUCGGAGUUUUCUGAUUUUCCAAGCAUAUUUCUGAUAUUCAUAGCAUCCAAGAAGUUGACCAAAUUCUUGUUUUGACGCUAAUUUCUUCCUGGAAAAGAUGAAUAUUUGGCAAUUUGGAUCAAGGGAGAUGUGCGCAAACAGGAAGAUGCAGCUAGGGUCGUACAAAGCACGGUUGAGCACUUUGGGAGGCUUGAUAUUCUCGUAAAUGGUGCAGCAGGAAAUUUUAUUACUUCGCCGGAAGAUCUAUCGCCUAAUGGUUUUCGGACAGUGAUGGAUAUUGAUUCUGUUGGCACUUUCACAAUGUGCCAUGAAGCUCUAAAAUUUCUAAAAAAGGGAGGACAAGGGAAGGGUUCAUCCACUGGUGGCCUCAUUUUGAACAUAAGUGCAACUUUGCAUUAUCCUGCAACGUGGUAUCAAAUUCAUUCCUCAGCUGCAAAGGCUGCAGUUGAUAGUAUCACAAGGUCCUUGGCCCUAGAAUGGGGUACUGAUUAUGAGAUUAGGGUCAAUGGAAUUGCACCUGGAGCAAUUCAAGACACUCUUGGAGUUGAAAAACUUUCAACAGAGGAGAUGAGAAAAGUAAUAGAGAAUACACCUCUUUUUAGAUGGGGGGAGAAAUGGGAUGUUGCAAUGGCUGCUCUCUACCUGGCUUCUGACGCAGGAAAAUACAUCAAUGGAACCACUAUAGUCGUUGACGGAGGGAUCUGGCUAUCCCGACCUCGACGUAUUCCAAAAGAGGAGGUAAAGCGAAUAUCCAGGAUUCUGGAGAAAAAGUCUAGGGAAUUACCAACUGCAACGACAAACAGCAAACUCUGAUGAUUUAUAGCACGUAAAUGGAAUAUUAGCAUUAUUUUAUGUGAUGUGAGAAGAAAAUAUUGUUAUGAUCGUAGAUGUCAUCUAGCUUAGUAGAUAAAAAAUUUGUUUGCAUUAUUGGCUAUGGCUCAUAUUUUAAGUCUAAA